GAAUUGUUAGUGACAGCUGAAAAUUGACCACUAUAGCGUAAGUGUAUUCACUCUUUGAUGUCUUCUAAAGCUUGAAGGCUUUGACUAACCUGUUUUCAAAUUCCCUCUCCUCCUAUGCACCUUUGUCUACUUUGUUAUCAGUCUUUUUCUCUCCUUUUUUUUGUAUACUACUGUGAAUUGUGGCUAGUUGAACUAAUGCACUUCUGUGUGGUAUUCUAAGUUGAUUUUGUCAGUCUAUUCUUUCGAGCUUAUGUCAGAAUCAGGAAAUGUUAUUCGAUAAACAGCAUCAUUCGCUGUUCUGCGAUUCACGUAGUUCACAACCGAGUGCACAAACCUGUUUCCUUGUCAUGUCUAAUGAAGAUAACUCACCGAAUGGAGAUGGACCAAAAUAUAAAGUGUCCAGUUUUCUUUUCGGGAAUGUUAACAAAGAGGGGCAAAUCGAAGAAUAUCAACAUGAUGAUGAGUUGAAGUCAAUUAAUAACUUGGAUCGAUGUCGUAUAAGAGAAGUAGAAGAAGCUGCUUCAGAUGUUCUAUCUGAUAAUAAUAACCAUCCUGUACUUUUCUUAUCACCAAAAGAUGAUAAUAACCAACUAACUACAAAUUUAAAUUCGACGGAUUACUACAACGAAGAAGAAAUAAUCGCAGAUGAACUUGUUGAAGAAGUCUUGUAUAGCAUGAAACCUGAGAAGAUUAAAACGGAUGAUUAUGACUCAUCUGAUUCUGAACAAGAAACCAGCUCAACUGUAAAAGGUAAAUGUGAUUCGAAAACAACACUGACGGAGGAUGGAUGUACACUGCCUGAAAAGAAAGCAACUAAUGAACUGUCGCCUACAAGACCACAAGAUGAAAUUAAAUUAGACGAAAGUAAUAUCGACAGAAAAACUCAGGAAUCAUUGUCGCCGUCAUCAAAUGCUGAGUCAAUUUAUUCAAACAAACACACAAAUUAUGCUCAAAUUAGUGUGUCUGAGGAUACAACGCUUAUCAUGCCACCUCCGUUGCAUCCUGCGCCUCUCUCAGCCUCACGUUCAAAUCAAGCCAAGCCUGUCUAUUCAAGGAAUGCUGAUUCACCUAUUAGUAGUCCUAUAGCUACUGGAUAUCAUUCAGAGUCAGUUAGAAGUCCACAAUAUAAUGAAAACAUACUAAAUACUCCCUUGGGUAGUCUUAUGCCAGCAGAAUAUGCAAAUGUGGAUAUUAAAGAACUUUUCCCUUCUUAUGAUCCAGGGAAGACACCUUUAUGGGGACGUUUAUUUCGAUUACCACAUCAACUGGGUGUUUACCGAGAAUUUGUUGAACGUUAUGAUUACAUUGAAGAGAUUCUAACACAAAGACCAUCACGAAGUGAUCGCCAACACCUUGUAUAUGAUGGAAUUCUAGAUCUUGGAGAAAUACCUCUGCCAGAAGAUAUUAUUUAUGAUGAUGAAGUGGUAGAACUGAAUACUCCACCUAUGCCAGGAUUAGAUUAUCUUGCUGGUAGUGAGAAUUCAUGGUGGCGUAGAGCAUUCAAAGCCGCUCUAGAUGAAUUGAUGAAUCCUAAGAAUGAAAAAUCUGACCAGGAUGAUAUUAACAACAAAAAGGAUCCUUAUCUCAGUGUUAAAUCUUCAAUUCGACAACAACAGGUAUGCAUAGAUGAGAAUCACAAAAAAAACGGUUCAAAAUAUGAAGCUGACGUUGAUGGCAAUAAUUAUUUAGGCUGGCGAUUAGGACCUGCAAAAUAUUGGUAUGAUCAAUUAGGCUUACCUUUGGAUAUAAAUGUCUGUGAAUGGACGGAAUGGCGUCGAACAAUAACAACUACUGUUACUAGCAUCAGUAACUGUACAAAUUCUGUCCUACCUCCUCCUCCGCCACCUCCACUUACCACAGCAACCACUGAAAGAGAUGAGCAUAAUAAUCACAACAAUACUGAUCCUGUAGGUACACACGAAUCAGUCAUUGAAACUGUCAAUAAAGACUUAAACUGUCCAACAAUUAAAAAGGAACAUAUUGAUGAUGAAUCGUUUAAGGAAGAUGCUUCAAACGUUGUUUGUAGUAAACAAGAUCCCGAUGAUUGUCAACAACGAUUACCGGCUGAUUCUUCAGUUCAUUCAUCUUCAACUAUGCGUAAAAAUAGUCUGCGAGGAUUGUAUUCUGAAGAUUUACCUGCACCCGAUCAUUUCCAUCCAUAUCAAUUAUUGAAUUGGGAAGAUGAUAUUAUUUAUGAUCCUCAACUGAGUGCAAAUAAGAUUUCUACUAAUUCCCGGUUAAAUGCUGCCUAUGCAGGUUGGAUACCAUCACAACACUAUCGUACUAUGGCUUCAUUUCAAGAUGCAUAUCAAGGAAAAUUUCCAUUUAUUUUGAGCUCUAAAAUUAUCAAUGGCCUUGCAACAUUCUCUUCAUCAACAAUUGGUAUGAUAAUGGAAAGUUUACUGAAUAAUCCAUCCAAGAAUAAAACACAUUCCAAUCCACCGUAUUCAAUAUUUCCAGUUGAAAAUGAGGGUAUAUUAAAAGAUACCUGGGUACAUGAUAUUAUCUACGAUUCUGACUUGCCAGUCAAUCAACAACCACCUCCAUUUUUACUUACACUGGACCAAAAUGAUGAGACAUGUAUCCUAGAACCGAUAGAUGAUGCAACCAUUGCUUCAGCAUUAUCAUCUAUACGUAAUCAGCGACAGAAACUUUUAAUGAAUAGAGGUUUAGAAGGAGAAUCAGAUACUGUCACAGGGGAUUACGCAAAUUCUACAACAACAGGCAAUAAUAUACGUGGCAAUAUUGCCAAUGGUCAAGACGGCAACUGGUCUAACUUAAAUUCACUGAAUGAUAUAGAUAAUUCUUUAUCCCAUAAUAAAUCUAAUAAUGGUACAGUGAAUCGCACCAGUCUUCAGGUUAACUUUGGUUUAGCAUCUACACGUGGCAUGUUCACAGGUGCUUUGGCUAAGGCUGAAAAAGGUGCUGAAAAGGUUAAAAUGAUUUUGGGCAAACACGGCCUCUUAGCUGAAGAUGAUUGGCAAUCAAGUCAAACAGAAAAACUCAUGAAUACAGAUGAAAAAACAGAUAAUCUUCAAGAAUUAAAUGAAUUUAAUUCAGAUGGUAAUGCUUUAGCAUCAGCUGCAGCGGCUGUUUCUGGUAUUCCACCAAAAGAUCCAUUGAAUUUAUCAAAUGAUGAAUAUUACGCAAUUCGAAGUGGAGCUCUUGCAUUAGGUGGCUUAGCACGUUGUGGUCCACUUCAGCAUAGUACUCCUACAAUGGAAUUAUGGCCACCAUUUUUUCCUACUUAUAUGAGUCCAUUGCGUUUACGUCAAUUUCAUAGGAUUCCACUCAAAAGAUAUCUUCGUGGCCCAAUGUCGCAGUAUAAUACACCAUUUCCUGUGACUAAUCUAACUCGUCAUAUUCACCGUAAAAUGCGUGAACGUGAAGAUGAACGAGCUGCUACCGGUGGGGUGAAAUUUUCUUCAUGA